AUGCCGCGAAAAUGCAUGAGGCAAUGCGAUGACAGAAACGGAUCAGCACCCAGAAAGAUAACAUCUCGUCAAAGACGUGUGCAACGAAUGUUGGCUGCAACUGUUACUAAACUUCAGUACUGGGAACAGAAUAAAACUAGAGCAGAAGUUAUCAGAAAUGAUUUAAAUCAAAUGAACGGAUCAGACUUCAUCUUCACCCAAGAAAAUUCACCAGUUGGUAGAAUGUAUUACAACACAUACCACAGAAGGGCAGCAAAAAUCGACGGAUCUAGAAGGAAGCUGCUUCCAAAGGUCUCACCAUUUUCAAAUACAACAUUGUUCAGGACAUGUGCUGUUAUUGGAAAUGGUGGUGUUCUAAAGAACAGUGGUUGUGGUAAAGAUAUUGAUAGUUUUGACUUUGUGUUCAGAUCAAAUCUACAGCCGAUUAAAAACUAUUCUACAGAUGCCGGGAUGAAAACCAACAUGACCAGCCUGAAUCCUAGUGUUAUUAAACUCAGGUUUCAUCAUUUGAAAAAGCAGGAACACAAGACAGAUUUAUUGAAAGCAUUGAAAGAAUAUGAAGGAUACCUUUUAUGGAUUCCCAAUAGCGCCACGAUAACCACUACCAUGGCGUUUAAAGCUGCCAAAAUCAUUCAAGAAGAUACGCGACUUCAGAUAUUGUUAGUAGACGCUGAUCACUGUAGACAUUUCGGUAAAUACUGGCAAAUAAAAAGGAUAAUCUCAACCGGUAUGAUACUGGUUAAUAUUGCAAUUUCACUUUGCGAAGAGAUCCAUGUUUAUGGUUUCUGGCCAUUCCGCAUGGACGUCCGGGGAAACCCAUUGCUAAUGCACUAUACAGAUGACCUCAAAUGGUCGUCGUACCAUUACGUACACGAUUAUUCCAGAGAGUUCACGCUACUUACCAAACUUCACUUCGAUGGCGUUAUAAAACUCCAUGUAAAUCAGUGCAUGGAAUCUUGA